UUGGACAAGCCUCUGGAGAACGAUGCCGAGGGCGUGUGGAGUCCGGACAUCGAGCAGAGCUUUCAGGAGGCGCUGGCCAUCUAUCCUCCCUGCGGCAGACGCAAGAUCAUCCUCUCCGACGAGGGCAAGAUGACGGAAUGAGCUGAUUGCACGCUACAUAAAGCUUCGAACGGGAAAAACACGAACCAGGAAACAGGUCUCCAGUCACAUUCAGGUGUUGGCGCGGCGGAAAGCUCGGGAAAUCCAGGUGAAACUCAAGGUGAAUGGGGUGCACAUGUGCGAUGUUCCUGAUGUCGUCGUCUUCUUCCGUCAGGACCAGGUCGCCAAAGACAAAGCCAUGCAGAGUAUGUCCACCAUGUCUUCGGCUCAGAUCAUCUCAGCCACGGCCUUUCAGAACAAGAUGGCUCUGCAGGGCCUCUCUCGGCCGGCCUACCCGACCUCCGCCGGGUUUUGGCACGGCGCUCUCGCAGGACAAGCCGCGGGUCCUGAAGACAUCAAGCCGUUUUCUCAGCAGAACUUCGUGAUGCAGGCCGCCGGUCCUCCUCCUAUAGCAGGUUUCGAGAGCACCGCGGGUCUGUCGAUGUCCUCCGGAGCGCCUCCCUGGCAGGGCCGGAGCAUCGCCGGCGCGAAGCUACGCAUGCUGGAGUUCUCCGCUUUCCUGGAGCAGCCGCAGGACCCCGAGAGCGUCAACAAGCACCUGUUCGUACACAUCGGUCAGUCCAACCCCGCCUACAGCGACCCGUACCUGGAGGCCGUGGACAUACGGCAGAUUUACGACAAGUUCCCGGAGAAGAAAGGAGGACUGAAGGAGCUGUUCGAGAAGGGACCGCCUAACGCGUUCUUCCUCGUGAAGUUCUGGGCAGAUCUGAGCAUCAACCUCCAGGACGACAGCGGCUUCUUCUACGGCGUAUCCAGUCAGUACGAGAGCUCGGAAAACAUGAUCAUCACGUCCUCCACCAAAGUCUGCUCGUUCGGGAAACAGGUGGUGGAAAAGGUGGAGACGGAGUACGCGCGCUUCGAGAGCGGCAGAUACGUCUUCAGGAUCCAUCGGUCGCCGCUGUGUGAAUACAUGAUCAACUUCAUCCACAAGCUCAAACAUCUGCCCGAGAAAUACAUGAUGAACAGCGUGCUGGAGAACUUCACCAUCCUGCAGGUGGUGACCAACAGAGACACUCUGGAGACCUUGCUGUGCGUGGCGUAUGUGUUCGAGGUGUCCACGAGCGAGCACGGGGCCCAGCAUCACAUCUACAGGCUGGUCAAAGACUGAGACGAGCGUCUGCAGCUCGCUGACCCACAGACGCCGCAGCGCCCCCUCCUGGACACGGCCCCAGGGCCCAGGGCCCGCCGGGGCUCGGGACACAGAGGCACACGCAGAGAAUCUGCCCCCGAAAGGCCCAUCCGAACGUCACCGCUUUUCAAUUUCGAUGAGAACGAGAUGCAUGGUUUUUUUUCUUCAUUUCCUCUCAUUUCAGCCCCCCCUCGUGUUUGCCUUAGUGUCCGUUGCCUGUUUUCACACGAACCAAAAAGUGUUUUUUAUCUUCGCGCGUGACCCUGGACCUCAAAACCUGCCAUGAGGGUCGAUUUUUCAAAAUUCAGAUCAAAUCGAAUAUGCUUCCCAUCGAUGUGUGGUUUGACAAUAUUUGACUUGAAAAAAUCACCUUGAAAGUUCCUCAGCGAUGCACAGAGUUCAUCCAAAACGAAGUUUUGCUACAUUUACAAAAUCUCUUCCCAGAAGGCGACCCUUACUUAAUAUCCUAUUGAUUUUGGGCUAAUAAAUGGCUACUGCUUAUGAAUAUCUUAUGAAUACCUUAUGGACGCUUCUGUGCUCCAGGCUCACGCGUAUCAGGACAAACGGAAACGGCUAAAUGUUUAAGUGAAGUGUUUUUACGUAGAUUUGCCGCAUUGUAUUUAUCAGACGUGUUCUCGAAUGUGGAAAACGUAAACUUAAAACAGUCUAACAUUAAAAAAAAAAAACGCACUGGCCCGAGAAAGCCAGGAA